AUAUAAACGCAACCCGUGACAGAGUUUUUCAGUCGAACAUCUCGGAUUGAAGAAGAAACGGUUUCUGAAGCGAUCAAAUUAUAUUCAAAUUACAUUCAGGCAUGUUUCGAUCCCGUUUUCGAAGAAAGAAAUCAAGCCAGGAAAAGGUGGCAAACAAAGGGAAACCUUCCCAGUCUCAGCAGAGUGUCCCGGAUGCUCCUGCUGCUGCUGCCACACCAGUUUCAGCCCCAUCACCAAAGGUGGGAGAAACUAAACAAACAAAGAAGAAGAAGAAGAAGAAAUGGCUGACUCGCCUUUUCAGUUGGUUUCAGAAGAAGGACUGCGAUGCUGAUUCAGAGACCAGUGAGACCACUGCACCACAGUCAACAAAGAAGAAAUCCUGGUGGCCUUUUAAACUCUUCAAGAGUAAAACCCGGGCCAGUCCAGAAUCCGACUGUGAGGCAUCAAAACAAACAGACCCCAAAAAUGCAGCAGGUGGAACUAAUUCCAGCAGAUCCAGCAGCACCCUUAAAGAAUGCGAUGAGGACAGUUUGAUAAUUGACUACAACACAUGCAAGUUGAUUCAACUGUUGAACAUUCUGUGUGCAAAUAUGCCAGCAGAUGAAGACUUGCAUGCACACGUAUUUGACGAAACUGUGAAACAGCUGCUAGGGGACAACAUGGCUACUGGUGGGUACACAAAAACUCCAGAACCAGAGAAAGUAGCAAACCCGGAAGGCCGAAGCACCAGCUCCUGCGGGUUUCCAAACAUCGGAAACAGCUGCUACAUGAACUCCUGCCUUCAGACCCUCCUCAGCCUGCAGGAUUUUAUGAGAGAUAUCAGCCGUCAAAAGGAUUUGUGGGGUUUAGUUCCCGGAGCUCAACUCUUAAGGCGAUUUACUGACAUCAGGGACUGCCUUGACUCAGAAGAUUGCAGUAUGAAACUCGGCCGCCUGAGCGCCUUUAAAAACACAUUUGCCAUACACGCUCCUGAUUACAGUGACAAUGAAGAGAAAGAUGCUCACGAGUUCUUAACACUGCUGUUGGACCAGUUCCAAAUGAUGUCCUCUGAGCUGCAGAAGACGGCAGCUCUCCUGGGCCAAAGUUACACCUGCCCAGUGGAAGGCCAUUUUGUUUUCUACAUGGAAAACUUGAGAACAUGCAAGAGCUGUGGAGCCGAGACAUCGCACCAGGAGAAGUUCACGAGUUUGUCUCUAGACCUCGUUGUGAAAGGCUCAGUUUUGGACAUGUUUGAGGCUUCUCUGCAGGAAAAAGAGUUGGAGUUUAAGUGCGAGUGCGGAGGGACGACAUCAGGACUGAAGUCGUCCUUUGAUACGCUGCCAAAAAUCCUCAUCUUGCACCUCAAAAGAUUUUGCAUCACUCCAACGUACACACUGACAAAACUGUCUGACCCCAUCAAUCUGCAGAGGGAUUUGAUAGUGCCAUCUAAUCAGGGUGGUGCCUGCUAUAGUCUUGUUAGUGUCAUCAGCCAUUAUGGAAGCACACAGACUGGACACUACAUCUCUAAUGCCGUCCAUCCUGAUGACAGUCCAUAUGAUCCAGUAGAUCGGUGGCUCACAUUCAACGACAAUAUUGUCUUUGAAACACCUGGAUCCACCGUUUGCAAGGAACAGAACCGCUUGGCGUACAUCCUGUUUUAUAAACGCCAUGUCUAGAACUGGCUGCACCAUGAACCAGGAGUGGUCAUCAAGCUCCAGAUGGAGGAAGAAUGGACAUCCUAAGCUGCUGCCGCUGACUCUGUUGGUAACCCCAUGCCUUAGGAGGAAGGGUUCCUCCCAGAGAGCCUGGUUCCUCCCAAGAUUUCUUCCUCCAAGAGGGAGUUUUUUCUUGCCGCCGUCGCCCCACAUUCACUGGUAAAGAGAUAAGACCAUCUCAUCAGCAGAGACGUUAUUCAAAUCCCAGAUAGGUUCCACGUCCUGCUGAAAAGACUAGUGCUGCACUGAUAUUAGGUUCAACUUGUUUGUGUUCCAUUUCUCUUUAGACAAACAAGUAUUAAGAUCAUGUUAGAAAAGUUAUUGAUGAAUAAAAAAAUUAAUAAUUUCCAAAUCAGUGCAUCACCAGUAGAGAUGGUUCUUCUCUUGACCAGUGUUUGGCUUGCUCUCUGGGAACAACAAAAAU